GGGACCUAGGGUCCUACAUUCUAUGCCCACGCUUAUUCUGCCUGACUAAAAAUAUGGUAGCAAAUUACCACAGUUAGAAAGAUAUUUUAUAAAUAUAAUCUAUACUUUUUCCUUAGAUAUAUAAACGCAAAAGCACAAGAUAUUUGUAAUUUAAAAGAGCUACCUAGCAUGAGCUCUUAGGGCCAAUUUUCAGGCAGUACGUUGGAUAGCAACAACUUCGGAGGUCCCCAGUUUGCAGAGGGAGACGUGGAAGUGAGUGGAGCGGGGCGGCCCCCAGCACAGUAGAGGAAGUUGUGCUACCCCGCGGAGUUUUGUGUUCUAGAUUCAUUCCGUCACCACCAUGUCGAAGGUUUCCUUUAAGAUCACGCUGACGUCGGACCCACGGCUGCCGUACAAAGUACUCAGUGUUCCUGAAAGUACACCUUUCACAGCAGUCUUAAAGUUUGCAGCAGAAGAAUUUAAAGUUCCUGCUGCAACAAGUGCAAUUAUUACCAAUGAUGGAAUAGGAAUAAAUCCUGCACAGACUGCUGGCCUUGGGGUUGAAAUUCAGCCAUAAAGAAAAUGAAGAGUGAUUUAAAAUUGCAAAUUUUUGUUACUUCAGUAGUUGUUAAUAUAUAAUUUUAUUAAAAAGGUUUAUUGAAAAUCGUGAGGCACUUUAUUGUAUGGAUGACUUUAAACUUAGUAGAGAAAGGUUUCUUUUUUUCUUAUUCAAGAAACUUUCAGUAUUUUACAGUAGUUUGAAUUACUGCUAACUCUAACAUACUGCUUGUUAUAUUAUCUUUAAAAAUUGAACGUGCAUAUCCUUGAUAUGAAGAAAAUCUCAUCAGGCAAUUGACCCCAAAUAUGUCAGGGUAUCUAAAUUUUUGUCACUUGUAGUAAUUUACAUUUUUUUUCCUGUCCUUAGAUAUAUUAUUGUGUAUUGAAGGAAGUAUUCAUGAUUAAAUUAUUCACAUUGUUACUUGCCGAAAGUAUUCGUCAGCAUUUUCAUGGCUGGUGUUAUUUUAAAUUUUAAGUGUGUGUUGGAUUGUGAAGAUAGAAUAGGAACAAGACUUAAAAAGCAUGGAAUUGGGGUCUCAUGAUGCUUGAGGUUUUGUACCUAUUUUACUGUUUACUAAAUCAUUUAUUAUAUUUAAUAAUUGUCAGAAUAUUAAGAUAACUUGAUUUUUAGAUACCUAACUUUAUGUUUUGUUUGUUUGUAUAGGAAAUGUUUUUCUAAAACAUGGUUCAGAACUGCGGAUUAUUCCUAGAGAUCGUGUUGGAAGUUGUUAAUAUCUGCUACUUGGAACAUACGAUUGCCUUUCAGAAUAAAUAUUGGUAUUUUUUGUUGUUGUAAAAUUGAAAUCAGGCAUUUAACAUACUAUGAAAACACCAGGAGUCAAUGAAUAAUGAAAGGUGACUCAUCUGUCCCUUUUUGUUGUCCAUACUCUUCCUAUGAAGAGGGAAUGCGUAUGAAUUAAGGCUACUACUGUCACAGAAGAUCAUAGUCUUUGAUGCUGCCUCACAACACAAACAGGUAGUUCAUUGGGGGCAAAUGAAUUAGCCAACUGUUAACUGGAAGCUUUUGAUAAUUUUUUUUUUUUUAGAACAAUUUGGAACAUUAAAAUUUACUGAAUCGUAUAUAUUCGUCUGAGUUAAAAAUAUAAAAAGAAUUAUGGACCCUGGAUGGCAAUUUGCUUGAUAGCAUCUGAUUUGCAGACUCAUAAUUUGAUUUUUAAUUAAAUAUAUAGGUUAUGAUGAAGUGAAUAGACCUAUCAGUGAACAGUUAACUAUAUUAAAUUUUUAUCAUUUACUUUUUUUAAGAUUCAGACCUCAGUUAUAUAAAUUUCAGUUUAAUAUCAACCAAAAAAUUAAAAUUUUAAUCUAACCCUUAUGUGUAUAUGAUAUCCCAUACCAGCUUUUAAUGGUGGACCUAUAGAAUCCAGUACUUUUAAUGGUGGGAAUUUACAAUACAGUAGAAGCAUCCUUUGCUGAGUUAUACAUUCCUUUAUCAGUCUCUUUUGAUACAAUAUUUAAAACAAGUAGCUUCAAGAAACCAUUGGUGUUUUGAGGAUAAUAUUUCUAAAUAGCAUUAAGGAAGACAGUAUUAUUGCACAGAUCUGAAGAUAAAAAAAAAAGCUCAAGGAAAUACAGAUCGGAAGUGCUGAUGAGUUACAUUUAUUGAAAACCCAACUUUUAAGGAAGUGCUAAGACCAGUCACCCAUGUGAAUAAGAAGCCGGGAAAGGAAAGAUGGGGAAGCCGAGAUCACCAGGCUUCUGUUAAGGAGGAAAGCAACAGAGGAAAACAGUGAAGGGGAACAGAAAGGGGUAGCAAAGUGUUACAGAAAAGCUGACUGGAUAGACAGAACUACAGAAGGUGUAUGUUGGGGAGAACCGAAAGGGAAAACAAAAUACUUGACAUAGUCUUAAGUAGAAGAAGGCAAUUAAUUAGAGAAAACAAAGUAUCUACUGGCCUUGUCAACAUACAGACUUCAAAAUACCCCUUAUGAGAAUCCAAAGAAUGAUGUGUGUAAGGGAAGAUUUUAUUUGCCCUUCCAGAAGAAAUCAGUAUCUAUGCAAAUCUUGAAAGACGAAAUCAAAGCUCAUAAUGAUUCAGAAUCAGUGCUUGACCUCCUGUAUUCUGAAUGGUGAACUCUGGAAGCAGGGAUUGUCUGGCUCUUUUUAGAGCUGGAAAUGUAGUGGCUUUCAUUAAAUACUUGCUGUAAAGUCUUUCUAAGACCAAUUAUUAUCUUAGCAUGUUUCAGUAUCUUCUCUAUCAUAGGCGCUAAGUUCAUUGGGGGGGAAAAAUAAGAAAAUUCAACAGAAUCAGCAUUUGAAGUGUGCCAUUGGUAGUUGUUUAUGAAAUUACCAGAUAUUCAUAAAUGUGACAGAUGAACAGCAGGAUUAUGAAUUAUCAAAGGAAAAAAUAUUUGCUGAGGUGAAAAAAUCUGAUGUUUGAGGAAGUUUUUAUUUUUAUUUAUUUGUUUUUUUGUUUUUGUUUUUUUUUUUUUUUUUUUUUUUUUUUGAGGCAGACUCACUCUGUCGCCAAGCUUCUCCUGCCUCAGCCCCCCGAGUAGCUGGGACUACAGGCAUGCACCACCAAGCCCAGCUAAUUUUUGUAUUUUUAGCAGAGACAGGGAGGAAGUUUUUAUAAACAAAAUCUGAUGUUCAGAGGCCCCGUUUCUUAUAAUAAAUGUUGAGUCUUAGUUAAGCAGGAAUUUAUGAACACCCAUUUCCUGACUUUUUGCUUUAAUUUAGAUUUUUCUCCACUCUGUUUCUAGCACAAAAAUUUGCCUGCUAUGUUACAAAAAUAAAUUUUUGUUGUCCUGUGCCAUAAAGUGAUACAUUUAAUAUUUCUAUUCUUUGGUUUUGAACAUUGUAAGUUCAUAAAAACAUUUUAUUAAACAACUAGACAUUUUGUUAUUAAAUAAAUGUGAUCUGUAAUUUCUUUGUGCAGAAUGAUUUGAAGUAUUUAGUUUACAUGUGUUAUUGGUUUAUAAUUAAUAUCUAAUGAAAAUACAUUUUGUUAUAUUGUAAA